UUUAUUUUGUACAAAACUUAUUCUAUGACAGGAACACAUCAUCUGACUCCUCAUCAUCUGACUCUCUCUUCUCUUGUAGGGCAGAGAAUACUCAGACCUGUCCUGCAUUUGGGCUGGAUUAUGUUGUCAUUAAUCAAGACUAUUAAAUUGUAUUUUAGCUGAUGCCAUAAAAUAAUUAAGUAAUAUGCAAUCCCCAAAAUAUCUGAAUUAGGCAGUAUACAACAUAAAGCCUGGAGAGAUGGUCCUUCCCGAUAAGAGCUCGGGGCCCAAAAAGGUAUUCGGGAAACGGCCCCAGAGUCUCCCCUCCCCGGCCCUGUGCUGCGCCUGUGGCCUGUGCAUUAUGCUGGCGGGCAUCAACAUCACCCUGGUGGGGGCCUUCGCUUUCAAGUCCUUCAUCCCCACCAGCAACCCACCCAUCGUCAUCGGGCCCCUCCUCCUACUGGUGGCCCUGUCCUUUUUUGGGGCGUGCUGUGUGUGUGGGCGGCGGCCACCAACCCACAAUGCCGGGAAGGCCAAGGGGGACAAGAGCUGGGGUCGGACGCGGAUAGGGGCCGGCGUCACAUUUGAGAUGGAGACGAGCGAGCACACGCUGCAGGACACCACUGCUGUGCAGCUCAGUCCCACCAACUCUCAGAGCUCCUCCCACAAGUCUAGUAACUCCGCCCAUGGGGAUACCCCUGCAGUAGGGGCCUGUGAUCUCGCCAGCUCAGAGGCCUAUGAUAUAGAUGUGAGACCUGAUGACCAGGUCUUGACCUCUGAGGACCAGCUCUUGACCUCUGAAGACCAGCUCUUGACCUCUGAGGACCAGCUCUUGACCUCUGAGGACCAGCUCUUGACCUCUGAAGACCAGCUCUUGACCUCUGAGGACCAGCUCUUGACCUCUGAGGACCAGCUCUUGACCUCUGAGGACUAGGCAUUGACUGCUGAUAUUAAAGAUAAGGGGAGCAUCCAGAUGACGGCACUAUACAAGCCUUGCCCAACAUAGCAUGGCUGUCUACUGGCUAUUACAUAAACUGGUACUAU